AUGGUUCAUGGGAAGCCCAGUCAUCCACAAAGUCAGGGUUCUGUGGAACGUGCGAAUGGUGACAUCAAGGAUAUGUUAGUUACCUGGAUUGUAGACAAUAAUUCACAAGACUGGUCAGUUGGUAUCAAGAUUGUUCAGUUUCAGAAAAAUGCUGCUCACAAUUCAGGGAUAAAGUGCUCUCCAUACUCUGCUAUGCUUGGCUGUAAAGCCCGAGUUGGCCUGACUUCUUCACCUGUACCCACAGAAGUUGUCUCAAGGUUGGAGAGUGAGGAUGAUCUCAUUGCAGUUAAGUCAGGAGAUGAUACAACAACAACAGGUUCUGCUGCAAGUUCUACUGGUUCAGUGACCACAAGUGAAGCGACUACAAAUCACCAAGACCAAAUUCAGAAAUGUAGAGUGGAAGCAUACAGAGGGCAGGUAUCCCAAGCUGAGAGGAUGGUCAAACGUUGUCGCUUAGGCUUUAAAGUUGGUGAGCCUGGUGGCAAUGUUGCUGCCCCAAUUCCAGCUGUGGAUCGUGGUAGAGGAGAUCCGCGGAAUAUCCUGGGUGUUAUUGUCAGCAGAGAUUUGGACAAUGGCCAGUAUAAGAUCGCUGUGAAAUCGGGUGUUCUAAAGGGUCAGUAUUCUAGAAACCAGUUUGACCUCUGCUCCCAGCGUUUGCUGUCAGAAGAUGACGUAAUUCAGGAUACUGCAGUGUCACUUCGAGAAGCUGUUAUUACACAAUCUGCAUGUGGUGCUAAGGGAUUCACUAGAUGCAACUGUAGUAGCCUGAAGACAUGUUCAACUGACAGAUGCAAGUGUUUCAAAGAUAAAGCGAAAUGUAUCUCUUGGUGCCAUGGAAGUAUCAACUGUGCUAAUAAAUGCUGA